AUAAGAAUUUAUUUUAUUCGCCAGAAAGUUGAAACUUUUUGCAGUGUCAGUAUAUCACCAGGUAGUAUUACUAAAAGGCUUGUAAUGCAUUUUUUAGGAAUAGCUACUCGUAUAUCUUUCAUUUUGUUCGUACUUUUCAGUAGUUGCAAUGGCGAUUCGUGUCCAAAAACAUCAGAUGAAGUGAAACGUUUAGCGAAACUAAUAGAGGAAGGAUUUUCUAACGCCACAACCUAUGAACCACUCACCAACGCCAACAUGUAUAAACCAACUGACGACAAAGUCACAGAAUAUGGUUCUUUCGACUUCAUUAUCGUGGGAGGAGGAACAACGGGAGCUGUUAUAGCUAGAAGAUUAUCAGAAAGGAAAGAUUUCACAGUAUUGGUGUUGGAAGCUGGAAGAUGGCCAGACUACAGUUUGCUUCAGUUCCUCACUUACCUUUAUCAAUCCACCCUUUCGGAGUACAAUUGGGGCUUUAUGAGCGUACCACAAACCGGAGCUUGUCAAGGAAUGGUUGAUCAGAGGUGCAGAACCUCAUUAGGAAAAGGAAUGGGAGGGACUACUUUAAUCAAUGGAGGAAUAUACGGCCGUGCAGAUCCACUAGCACUGAACAAAUGGGCCGAAAUCUUGAAAGAUCCUUCGUGGUCAUAUUCCAAAGUAUUACCCCUCUAUAAAAAAUCCGAGCACUUUGUUCACACCAACCCUUGGACAACGUACGAUAAGGACUCCCAUGGUACUAAUGGACCUCUGAAUGUGGUGCAAGGUGGAGUAGACGAACUUAGUGGUGUUUUCUUAGAAGCCAACAAACAAUUAGGAUUCAACAUCUCUGAUUACAAUGGACCUGAUCAUCAUGUUGCUUCGGUUUAUCAAUAUUACAAUAAACAUGGUAGAAGGUUCGAUACCGGUGCAGCUUUUGUAAAGCCCGUCUCAGGUCGAAAAAACCUUCAAGUACUGACAGAGAGUUUCGUAACUAGAGUAGAGAUAGAUAAAGGUACUAAAACCGUCAAAGGUGUUACAUUCACCAGACACGGGAAGAUUUAUUUUGUUGAAGCGAAAAAAGAAGUUAUACUUUCUGCGGGAGUUUUCGCCAGCCCUCAUAUUCUCAUGCUGUCCGGUUUGGGCCCAAAAAAACAUUUGAGAGAAAAAGGUAUAGAUGUGAUUGAAGAUCUAGAAGAAGUUGGCAGUGAAUUAACUGACGAUAUUAUAAAUCAGUCCCUCCUUUUUUCAUUUUCAUCAAAUCUUUACAUUCCCACGCAAACACUUGAAGACAAAAUUGAAGAUUACUUACAUGGGGUUGGAACACUUACUACAGGAGCUCCUUCUCAUGGAGUAGCAUGGUAUAAAUCAGAGGUGAAUAAUGACUCUAACCUUGCAGAUUUUAUGCUAUAUUGCCUGCCAACUGCUCGUUCGUCUCUGGAACCGAAGAUCACCAACUGGCAAAACGAUACCUAUUAUGAAACUUGGGGCAAUGAUACAAAUGCCAUUCAAAUGACGAUGUUGUUUGUGAAUCCCCAAUCCAGAGGUACCGUCAAACUCCAGAACAACAGUCCGUAUGAAUAUCCUCUGAUAGAUUUGAAACUCCUUUCCGAUCCUGAGAAUAAAGAUAUUGCUGUGAUGUACGAUGGCAUUAAGCGGGCAUUCAGUUUGAUGGAUACUCCAUCUUUUAGAAGAUUUGGUGUAAAAUAUAUAGGUAGUCCAUUACCUCAGUGUCGCAAUCACAAGUUCAUGUCGAAAGAUUACUGGUACUGCUUUUUGAGGUACACUAGUUCUUCGGGAUACCACACCUCCGGUAGUUGUCGAAUGGGUACGGAUCGUAAAACAGGAGUGGUAAAUAAUAAUUUGGAAGUUUUCGGUGUGAAAAAAUUGAGAGUUGCUGAUGCUAGUGUAUUUCCUCUCACGGCAUCUGCACCUCCCAGUGCAACGUGUAUGAUGAUCGGUGAAAAAAUAUCCGAUGUCAUCAAAGCUCAAUAUAGCUGAAAAGCUUUUUGGUAAAUAUCCAUUAUAUUUAUCUGAGAAUAUGAAAACAAUAAAACGUAUGUAAUA